AACCAUAUACGGCCUGUGGACUGGAUGUUCCCCACCCCUGCACACUUUAAACUCAUGUAUGGUGGUAAUGCACAAUGAUUGUGUAAGAAAGUUCAGCUGUCCCUCCCUACUCACUGUCCAGGAUUCCUACGUCAGCUGCUAGUGGCCUGCUAACCCUAGAACCUUCAGCCAUAUCCUCCAUCCAGCCCCUGACUUUGGGGAUAUUCACCGGAUGCCACAGCAACUGCCUGGCAGGCUUUGAAAAAGAAGUACACUGCAAUUGGAGACUCACAAUGUUAUCCUGAGAAUGAUGAAGAGUUUUCAAAAUAAGCCACUGACAUAUCCAUCCUAUGGAUUACUGAACAGCCAUUAAGAAGAAUGUGCCCUUCAGAGACCUGAAGACAGUGUGUGACUUUCCCCUGAGUUAAGAGCACCAGCUGAGUCAGACAGACCCAAGUGACAAGCCCAGCUUCACUCUCUCUCAGCUGUGAGAGCCAAGAUUUUCUUGCUUCUUGGGCUUCAGCAGGACCCCUGAUAUCCUUCCUCCACACUAUUCAGAUAUGUCAAUACCCUUACAUUCACUGCGAUUCAACAGUAUGCUGAUGGAGGAAAAUGACCCUCCAAACAGGAGGACGACCUUCUCUGGAUCAACAAUAGAGACCAGAGAAGAGGUCCAAAUUCUGCAAUCUCAUGUACAACCUAUAGUCUCAACUUCAGCGUCAGACCCAGGAGGGAUGUCCACACAGCUGAUGGCAUCCACAGAAUUUGACACCAUGUCAACACCUCUAACGGGAGUACUAAACUCUGGAGAACUGUCCUCACCACUAAUGCCAGUCUCAGAUUCUGGGACACUGUCUCCAUUGCUAAUGCCAGCCUCAGAUUCAGAAGCACUGUCCCCAUUGCUAAUGCCAAACUCAGACUCUGGGGCACUGUCUCCAUUGCUAAUGCCAGCUUCAGAUUCUGGAACAUUGUCCCCACUGCUGUCCACUUCAGACUAUGGUCUAAUGUCCCCAGGGCUGCUGACAAUUCCUGACUUUGGAACAAUGUCUACACCACUAAUGGAAGCACCAGAUUCUUCAGAGAUAUCACCAUUGGCAAUUCCAACUCCAUCUUCUGGAGUGAUGUCUACAUCUAUAAUGAGCACUCCAUCCUCUGAAGAGAUGUCCACAUCAUUGAUGCUAGCCCCGGAUCCUGGAGAGAUAUCCCCACUCCUAAUGCCAGAUAUAAACCCUGGAGUGAUGUCCACACAGCCAAUGUCAGUUCCAGGCUCUGAAGCAAUGUCACCACUGCAAAUUACAGAUGAAGACACUGAAGCAAUGUCCAAAGUACUAAUGACUGCCCUGGCCUCUGGGGAGAUAUCUUCACUGCUAAUGUCAGGCACAGACUCUGAAGCUAUAUCUUCAUUGAUAAUGUCAGCCUUAGCUUCAGGAACAAUGCCAACCCAUCCAACAAGCACCCAAGACUCUGGGGAGAUGUCCACCCAGCUAAUGUCAGGCCCAGACUCUGGAGUAGUGUCUUCACUGCUAAUGUCAGCUCCAGGCUCUGGAGCAAUGUCCACACCACUCCUGUCAGGUCCAGAUGCAGGAGAAAUGUCCACGUUGCCAAAGCCAGUCCCAGAUGCUGAAGCAAUGUGCCCACUGCUAAUGACGGCUCUAACAUCUGGAGUGAUGCCCACCCAGCUGAUGCCAGCCCAAAGCUCUGGAGUGAUGUCCUCUCAGUUAACACAAAAUAUAGACUCUCAAAUCAUGUCUACUCCACGGAUGAGAGCAACAGCCUCUGGGGGGAUUUCUACACUGCCAGUGAGAACUUCAGACCCUGGAGCAAUGUCCACACCACAAAUGAGAGCCCAAGCCUCUGGAAAUAUGUCUACAUUGCUGAAGAUGGUCUCAGACUCUGGAGCAUUGUCCGCCCCACUGAUGACUGUCACAACGUCUGGAACAAUGUCCACAGAGCAAAUGUCAACCACAGCCUCUAGAGUGAUGCCCACACAGGUAACAGUGGCCAGAACUUCUGGAGCAACAUCCACAGGCUUUAUGAAAGCCACAAACAAUGAAGCAAUGUCCACACUGCAAAUGAGAUCCCCAGCUUCUGGAAUGAUGUCCAUGCCGCUAAGGAGAGCAGCAGAUUCUGAAGCAAUGUCCACACAGCCAGUUACUGCCCCAGCCUCUGAAACAGUGUCCAUGCUACAAAUGACAGCCCCAGCCUCUGGGUCAAUGUCCACACUGCAAAUGAGAACCCCUGUCUCUGGAACAAUGUCCACAUCACAAAUGAGAGCGCCAGCCUCUGGAGCAAUGUCCACACUGUUAACAAGAGACACUGCCUCAGGUGUGAUGCCCAUGCCGCAAAUGAGAGCUACAACCUUGGGAGAAUUGUCCAAGCCACUAAUGACAGCCAAAGCCUCAGAAGCAAUGUUCAUGCAGCAAAUGACAACCACAGCUUCUGGAGAUAUAUCCACAAUACUAAUGAGUGACAAAGCUUCUGGAACCAUGUCCUUGCCACAGAUGACAAACACUGCCUCUGUAGGGAUGCCCACACCGCUAAUGAGAGCCCAUGCCUCUGGAGACAUGUCCACACCACAAAUGACAACUGCAGCCUCCGGAACUAUGUCCACACCUCUAAUGAGAGCCUCAGGCCCUGGAGCAAUGCCCACAGAACUAAUAAGAGCCACAGCCUCUGGAAAGAUGCCCAGGCAGCAAAUGAACACCCAAGACUCUGGAGGGAUGUCCAGGUCACUCCUGAGAUCCAUGACUUCCGGAGGGAUGUCCCCACUACAGAUGCAAGCCCCAGCCUCAGAACUGAUGUCCACACCAAAAUUGAGAGCCCCAGCCUCUGGGGAGAUGUCCACACCACCAAUGAGAGCUUCAGACCAUGGAGAGAUGUCCGCACUGCUCAUAAGAGCUUCAUCAUCUGGAGACAUGUCCCCACCACUAAUGAGACACCCAGCUUCUAGAGAGAUAGUCACUCCUCUGAGACCCCCAGUUUAUGGAGAAAUGUCUACUCCACAAAUGACAGCCACAGCCUCUGGAGGGUUGUCCACACCACAAAUGAGGGCUCCAGUCUCUGGAGCCAUGUCCACACGGUUCAUGAGAUCCACAGCCUCUGGAGUAAUGUCCAUGCCUCAAAUGACAGCCAUGGCCUCUGGAGAGGUGUCCAUGCCACUGAUGAAAGCCCCAACCACUGGAGCAAUGUCCACACCACAACUGAUGCCCACAGCUUCUGGAGAGAUGUUCACACCAUCAAAGCAAACCCAAGCUUCUGGAGUGAUGUCCCCACCACUAUUAAGGGCUCCAGUCUCUGGAAUUACGUCUGCUGCACAAACAACAACCAUAGCCUCUGGUGGGAAGCCCAAGCCAUUUAUAAGAGCCACGGCCUCUGGAAAAAGGUCCAUGCCAAUGAUGUCAUCCAUGGCCUCUGGAGCAAUGUCCACACUGCAAACAAGAGUCACAAGUUCUGGAUCUAUGUCUUUGCCACAAAAAACAUACUUAACUUCCGGAGGGAUACCUGCACCUCCAAUGAGAGCCUCAGCUUCUGGAGCAAUGUCCAUGCCACUUCUGAGAGCUACAGCCUCUGGAGGAAUGUCCAUGCCACAAAUGACAGCCACAGCCUCUGGAGGGAUAUCCACACCAGUAAUGAGGGCCUCAGUCCCAGGAGCCAUGUCUAUACCACAGAUGGAAGCCACAGCCUCUGGAAUGAUGUCCACUGUGGACAUCAAAGUCACAGACUCUGGAGAAACAUCUGCUGCUCACAAUAACAUCACAGCCUCUGGAUCAAAGCCCACAACACGUGUGACUACCACGACCCCCGAAAGAGUGAAGAAACCACCACAAAAGGAAGUUCCAUCCUUUGGCAUGCUGACCCCAGCACUCUGUUACCUCUUAGAAGAGCAGGAAGCCCGGAGUUCAUGCUCUGAGGAGGAGGAGAUGGAGAUUGAUGAGGAGAAGCAAAUUAAGGGAUUUUUGAAUGAUUCAGAGAAAAUGGCAUUUCUGGUGUCUCUUCAUCUGGGGGCAGCGGAAAGGUUGUCCAUCUUGCAGCUGGAGGUAGGAAACCCCCUCUCAGAUGAAAAUAAAUCUUUCCUGAAAAGAUCACAGGGCUUAUAUGAUUCCCUCUCUGAGAUAGACAUCCUCAGUGCUAUUCUUUGCCACCCCAAGCAGGGCCAGAAGUCAGUCAGGCAAUAUGCCACUGACUUCCUGCUGCUGGCCCAACAUUUGUCUUGGUCCGAUGCCAUCCUACGGACCAGGUUUCUGGAAGGACUCUCGGAAGCUGUUAGCACCAAAAUGGGACGGAUCUUCCUGAAGGUGGCUGGCAGCCUAAAGGAGCUGAUAGACAGGUCUCUCUACAUUGAGUGCCAGCUGGCUGAAGAGAAGAGUUCCCGGGGCCUCUCAAGCCAGGUUGUGCAGACAGCCUGUAAGCGGAAUAAUGAGGAGGCAAUGGAGAAUGAAAUGAAGUCUCAUCAGCAGACUGAGGAGCACCAGCAUGUUCCCAAACGCUGUUACUACCUGAAAGAGCAUAGAGACCCCCAAGAGGGUCUACACAACCACCUUCGACAGAGCGCAGGUCAUAAGAAGACCUCCACCAACAAGUAAUGUUCCCUGGACUCUUCUGUGAAAACUGACUUGGCUGCUAACUUGAGGACUGGUUCCUGAACUCAUUCCAUUUAAUUACAUCAUAAACCUUGUGGCCUCCCUCCUUUGGGCUCCCCCUCCAGGCACAUCUCACCAUAUCACUUAAGUGAUAUGACCUCUUUUACCCCAUAUGCCUGUGACUUGCCCCGACAAUCAGAGUGUGGACUUCAAGAGCGUUUGGUGUAUGAAGUUCUGAACCCCCAUCAUCAUCAAGGCCAGUUUUAGUUCUUGGUCCAGGGAGAUGUCUAAGCAGGAGAAACCAUGUCCUACCUCAAAAACACCUUAGAGUGUCUUGCCACAUGUCAUCAGGCAAACUUGAGGACUCCCUGGUACUCAUUUCACCUGGCAGGGGAGCCUAUGUGGAAAGUGAUGCCCACUCCUACACAAUCGUUUCUACCCAGUAGGCUUGCCUUUAUAUGCCCCAAAUCACAACAUCUAAAGUGGGUCUCCAGGGUACUUUCCCUGUUUAUAGUCUCCAUCAUGAACCAUUCAUUUUGACCCAUAGUAAUCAUAGUAAUGGCUAACAUUCAUUGAUUAUGUACUCUGUGACAGAUACUGGGCUACGCUCUUAACAAACACUAUCUCACUACAUUCUUACCUUAACUCAACUUGUUGUUGUGUUUUCAGCUUCUGACCUCUUCAGCUGUUGUGUAUGGCUCUUUUCUUGUCCUUCAGUGUCAAAUUUCUAGCUCUGACCUCUGGGUAACCCCCUCAGUUGUUAGUUGCCCUCAUUCCCCUUGGCUAUUGUGCUUCAUGGCCAACACUCUUGAUAAGGGUCUUGGUCUUUAAACAGGCAUAGAUAGAACAUAAUGUGAGCAAUGUUUGCCUUCAGGUGAUGGGAUUAUGGGUGUUCUUAUUUUCUUCUUUCUACUUCUCUGUAAUUUCCAGAGUCUCUACAGUAAGCAUGCAUUACAUUUGUAAUCAU